AUGAAUUAUUGUCGAGUAUUGUCGAAUGUAUUUAGUUUUCCCUUUGUGGAUGAAUCAACGAGCGACUUUAUGACAUGUCUGGAGAUGGUUAACGUUUUCCUCGACAAUAAAUUGGAAAACUUCAAAGAUCCAGACGAAUCUCUCAAUCAAAUCAACGAGAAUCAAAUAAUUUGUCCUGCGAAAAGUGUAGUGUGGGACACCGAAAGCACUGACAAUCUGUCGAAUCUCGUUAAGUUAUCAAAGGAUAAACUAAGUUUACAUUCACAAUCUGCUUUUUCCACUCUCAAAGCAAAUGCUUGUGUGUUUGCGGGACGUUUCAUGUAUGAGGUGCAAUUGAAGUCAAAAGGUGUGAUGCAAAUUGGAUUUUGUAGUUCACAAUGUCGUUUUACACAGGAUACUGGUGUUGGAGAUACUAAACACAGUUAUGGUCUCGAUGGAUCGAAGAAACGUCUGUGGCAUGUUUACACAAAGAACUAUGGAACGUCCUAUUGGAGAUCUGGUGACAUCUUUGGUGUCUGUCUCGAUAUGGACAAAGGAACCAUUGAAUAUUAUCGCAAUGGAGUUGCUUUGGGAUUGGCAUUUGAGGAUAUUGAAAGAGGUCCAGGAUUUUCACUCUUUCCAGCAGUUUCCCUUGCGUUCAAUGACUCGCUCACUGCCAACUUCGGAGGUUCUCCAUUUAGAUAUCCCAUUCCAGGCUACAAACCUCUACAAAAUCCUCCCAAUAAACUGCUCUAUCAAGCAGAUCUUUUGUUGGAAUAUUUCGUGAAUGUCGCACGUCUCAUCAGCUCGAAUCAAAAGAAUCCCGUGCCAAAAUCAUCUUCAGACAUCACAAUCGAUUCAUUUAUCAUGCUCGUGGCAAAUGCGCUCGUUGAACGACUUGUAUCGCUGUUAAUGAACGCAUAUAUUGUUGAAGAGAAGGUCGUGAAGAUUAUUAGGAACUUGUGUGUGCUAAAAAGCACAAGCGAUUCUCUCAUUCAACCAGGAGAACCUGGAAGCACUCUCGAAGCAUUUCUCUCGUUAUUAUGGACAAACUUGGAAGAAUUCGAAGUGAAAAUCUUUCUUAAACGUUUGCUAAACUAUCUCUCAAACACUUUUAAAGAAACACCGACAGAUCUUGAAUACGAAAAUCAACGUAAAAUUAUCGUCAUCUUGACAUGUUUAUGCAAUCACAUUCAAACACGAAAAUAUUUCCUCGAAUUUAAAUUCUUUAAAAAGAAUUGUCUGCCUCUAUUUCUUUAUAUCAAACCACCUGAUGAGUCGACCUUGGAACUGUUGCUUCCUGAUGAUUCCAUUUGGACAGAAGGUCUCGGCGGCAGUAAAGAAAUUUAUUUGAAAGCUUGUGAAAAGUUGAAAUCUUACACAUCGAUUUUGUAUUACUUACAAAAGAAGUUAAUUUUAACUUUGUUAAACAACAACGAUGGAACUGAAGAUUCGCCAUCAAGCAGGAAGAUUUUCAUGAAUCGAUUUAGAAGUUUCACAUUAGACAAUUUAUCGGCAUCUUUCAACACAACCACGCAACCAGCUAUUGGACUUUCACUUCUUUGCAUCCUUCUGGACAUUGCAAAACAAAUGCAUGACGAUGAAAUGACCAACGAUGAGUAUCUUGUUGUUAAUCAAACAUUCUUCUACGAUGGAUCUUUCAACUAUGGUUCAAGUGAUCGUGUUGGUGGCGUUUUAUCACAUCUUAAUAAAGUUUUUAAGAAGGAACUUCAAGACGCUCUUGGUGACGAUCACGAGCCAAUUGUUCAGCCUCAAGAAAGCACAACUUUUCUACGUGAUAUUUACUCGACAAUGUUUCUUGUAUCAAAUAAUGGCACGGGGACAUUUUCACUCGUCCGUAACAUGCUCAACGAUACGAAUCAUGACGAAAUUCCAGUGACUUCAGGGAAUGUUGAAAAUCACAAAUCAAUUUGCGAGAUCAUCGAUUGUUCCAUCAUGUUUUACCACAGCGUUGCUUACAAAUAUGUCGUGAUGAUUGCUGACUUACGAGACAACAUUUCUCAUUUAUCAAACAUUCUCAUGGAAACAAAACAUUGUCGUGAUGAAGUGUUGAAGAAUCUUGAAGAAUUUAAGAAUUCUAUUGAAGGUGUCAGCUCGGCACAUGACGAAGUUCUCAGAGAUUUAUCAGAAAGAUUUCUUGAAAGGAAAAAUAUUUUCGCUAAACGUUCGAUUGAACUUGCAAGGAAGCAAGCAUGGUAUCGUUCAGUAGCACUUGGAACUCAACGACGUAAUCUUCUUUGUUGGUUGACUGGAUGUGUCUUCAAAACAUUAACAGAAUCAUCAAAAUCUGGCGAUUUGUUUUCAUUUGUGCCAGAAAGUUACGUCACUGCUUUGCCAUUGCUUUUGGACACAAUUUUGGAUUUCAGUUUUCAUGAUUCAGGAAUUCAACAUGAUUUGCAGCAAGACAAAGAUUUGAUAGCUCUCGCUUCUGAAUUUUUAAGUUCACAUCUUGCUGAUUCAAGAGUUAUCAUUGCUUCAUGUAAAGACGCAUUAAUUCAAGCUCUUGGAACUUUGACAUGCCAUGAGGCUGGUGUGAAAGCGUUGGAAAAGUGUUCGAAGGAAUCGCAAUUGCUUUUAGUGCGAGCUUUGUUAAGGAAAUAUGAGAAUCGUGCGUGGGGACAAAGCAAUUGGAUAAUGUUGCGAUUUUGGCUUGGCGAAGGUUUUGCUUUUCGUGAUCCACGUCAGCCUUGCAUCUUCCAAGAUUCUAAUCAAACAGUUGCGACACUUGCACUAGCUCGUGGUCGACAGAAGAACAGCUCACACACAGGAUUGCUUCAUUUGAUUGCACCAGCAUGUCCGAGUAAACAUUUUCAACAAUUGAUAAGUCAAGUGUUGAUUGAAGACGAAGCUUACAGCACGGGAUUUCUAAAUUCAUUAUUAACUCAAUUGAAUUGGGCGUUCUCAGAGUUUAUUCACAUUCUUCAAGACAUUGAAAAUUUACUGCAAAGGGACAAUCAAGCGCCACUUCCUGAUCCGAAACAAUUAAAAAUCUGCUCGAUGUGCUUUGACUUGACAAUUUCAUUGAUGCGAGCACUUGAAAUGAUUGUGACGAUUGCGCCAGACAUUUUUAAAGAUUCAUCACGACCAAACAGUGACAAUUUGUUGGGAAGAGUUUGUCAAUUAAUUAUUCAAGUUCUGUCGAGAGUGACAGUUCCGCCUUCAUGUUUUCAAUUUGUCAUCGAUCUUUGCUUGCCUGACUUGACUGGAGUAACACAUUUUGCCAUUCUUACAGCUGCUUUAGGAAUUCUUCUUGGUUUAAUGUCUGACGAGAUGAAUUUUGAUGGAUCUUUCGCUAAGUUGCCGAAAGUAUCGCGUAACAUUCUCACCGACUCAAGCUUUCAAAUUGCUUGCUUAGAAUUUGCUUUGGGUGAAAUCAAAUCGACAAUUUUAAUGCCAUCAGAUCAACCGAGGGGAAACUUUGAUCCGAAACUUAAUCGAUUUGUUGAUCCGAUUGCGAACGAAAUACGUAAAACGCCGUCACAUCGACUUCUUCAUGAGAAAACUAUGAAACAUGAUCCACCAAUUUUAAAAUUUAAACUCAGCGAUUAUAUGACUCAUGUUAACUCAGAUGAAAUCGAGAAAGUGAAAAAGCUCAUUGAAUGCUUACAAAUGCGUCAAUCUUUGUUGUCUGAAACGACACUAAUAUCGGAAGACGCUCUUUGUCCAAUCUGCUAUGCUCAACAAAAUGAUUCAAUUUUCGAGCCAUGUUUACAUCAAUCUUGUCAUUCGUGCAUCAUUCAACAUUUGAUGAGUGUCAAGUUAUGUUUUUAUUGCAAGACAUUCAUAACAUGUGUUAAGAAGCUUGAUGGAAGCAUCUUGUAUGCAACGGAUGAUGUCAUUCCAUCGCCACAUCCACCUCAAACAUUCGACGAUGAUCCCGAAGAAAUGACAGAAAACUGAUCUCACUCAGAAUGGAUUUAAUUGUAAUUUAUUUUAUGUCUCUCUUAAAUCCAUUCGCGAGAAGAACGUCAGAUGCUCAUAUUAACUUUUUAUUAGGCACAAAAAUUUAUCUUUGUUAUUAUUUAUUAGAAAAUUCUGUUUUUUUCGCUUUAAGCUUUGAAGAAGUUUUAUCAAUGCAUAUCGCAAGUCGAACGUUAUGACAAAGUUCUGAUAACAUUUCGCAAAUCACCAGUAUUUUCCUUAUUAGGAUAUUAUCUCACAUUUCGUGAUAACUUUCAUCGUUAUCAUCCCUUAUCGCUUAUAAAAGACAAUUGUGCAAUGUUUUUUCGAUCUCACGAAAUAAAAAUCAAAUUUAUU